AUGUGUUCUUCCAGAGAAACAACGAGAAGUUCAAGGCUGAGCUGGAGGGCGCUGAAGUUUCUUAGUCGCAUAACUUUAGCUUAUUUUUCUGUUGGGGCUUCGGGUUUCGUAAAGAGCUUGCCUAUUCGAAAGCAAUGUUAUGCCCCCCAAUCCAAGGUUCCAUUGUCGCAGCUGCAUUACCGAGGGGCAGGGAGUGAAGAUCCGCACAAAGCUGGGCACACAGUGGAGACAAGAGCUCUGCUGGUGCUGUUUGGGCUGUUGCCAGGACGCCGGAAGCUGCAACCCGAGACUAAAACUAAAUCGCUGGUGCUGGUAGAGGAGAUGCUGAGGCAAGCCUGUGCAAAAAUAGCCCUGUCUGGCAUUCAGAGAGGCAGGGUUUCGUGCAACUUUGUCUCCGAUGUUGACAGCUCCCCGAUUGCCCUCAGUCUGGAUUUUCUUGAAGAUGGCAGCACACGAGGUUUGGCCGACCUGGAGAACUUGCAUAAGGGUGCAAGCAAGGGCUGGGACAAGCUUUCGCAGCACGCUUGGUGUGGUCGCAAACUUUCAACCACUCUUCAGCAAACGAACCUUUGGGAUAUCUACCUCUUCCUAAUAUGGAGCAAGCACAACCCGAGUUCGAAGAUCUGGGAGCAGUUCUCUGUACACCUUUAUCCCAAGGUUGUUUUCUUUGCUGGUUACUUGCUGGAGGCCUAUGUCGAUGAACUUGCCAACUUGCCACUGGCACCGCUUCCCCUUUUGAAAACCAAGCAUGGAAACAGUCGACGAGUUCCGAAAGUGAACAAAAUCAUACUUUUACAACGCGUGAAGGCGCAAAAGCGCCACAGAGGAGAAGUCAUGCAGACGCACACUGACUUGGCGCCACGUCAGAUCGCACUGAUACGAGCUGAGGCUAAUUUGGAAGUGGCUGAGUAUGUCAAGCUCUUGACGACCGCCUUUGCCGACACGCAGCAUGUCCAGGUGUCCUGGGAUGCGUCAACCUAUGAUGUGGAAACUUUAGUGGCGAUCGCAUACGAUUACAAGAAGAACGUGUCGGGCUACUUACCCAUACAAAACAUCAGCCCCGUCCAGACAGCAGAGUUGCACGAAACUGUGAGGACAUUGGCUGUGCAAGGCCGGAUCACACGUGUCGAGAGUUACAAUACAAUGCGAUCUUUCAGCCAUGCCCUGAACUCAAUUGGGCUUCCGCUUGCCGCCUUCGCAAAGCCUCCAGACCUACUUCUGGGGCCACUCCGGGCUGAGGAGGAACGGGUGCUGAUGAACGGGACCUACUUCAUUUAUAAUACCACGACACAGUCGAUUCAAAGACAGGUACCGACUGCAUGGAGUCUGGCGAAGCAGCCACUGUUGAUCUCGGUGAGCGAUCAGGGACCGCUGAACUGUCCUGGUCUCGAUCACUUGCAGUUCAAGCUUCGUGGGUUCGUGCUUCCCUUGUAUGAUCAGAGUCAUCGUACAUGGAACGACUUGAAGUCGGCCAUGAGGAGUGUGAAGCUCUUUCGCAUCCUCCUGCAGUUCUCCAUUCUCUACAACAUGAAUUAUGGACCUGGAGGCACCAAGGCUUGGAUGGCCAAGAAGCAACAGUAUGCAGAGGAAUUUAGAGCCAAACAGACAGCUGAUGGCAAAAUCUUCCUCAGCUACAUGCCGUACAUCUGCCAUGAGAUGGGCCUUUCGGAGCCAACGACUGCUGAGGAGAGGGAGGCACUCUUCGGGACGAUCACUUCGCUGCAGACGCUGCAGCAGCAUGGACCACUCGUCAAACUCAUGAGAUGGUUUUCUUACUUCCAAUCGCACCAAUUUUAUGCUGGCGAACACUUCUGGACAAAGAUGCUGAUUGGGGAAGGUGGGCCGCCACAGCAAGGCAUCCAGCCUGAGGCAGUGCUGACACCGGAUAUCUUGGCCGGCAAUCUGGACGAUCGAGAGGAGCUACGACAACUCAAGCUCAAGAUGGGCUCAUGGCGACUUGCACCGUUGCUCGUAACACCAUGGACCUGGUGGAAAAACGAGCUUUUGGUUUCCAUGGCGACGCCAGUCUGGAGCUGCUUCACACAGAAAGCCCAGCAGCUCAAGUUGCCUCACGAGAUCGCCGGUGACAUCGCCAAAAGAGCUGCGACCAAGCUCUGGGCCGAGGAGAUCCACGCUGUGAUCGGGAAUGGCUUCUUUGAUGGGCCUCAGAAACUGUACCCGGCUCGCUUUCUUUCAAACGAGGAGGAAGGACAGUGCAUCUCUUUGCACUUUCGGAGACGUGUGCAGAGCUCCGCUUCGUACUACCUCCGACCGCCUUUUCGAUAUGCUGGGGCACUUCUUGCAGAAAGCAGGGAGACCACCCUUCGCCAGAUGCAUGCCGACUGGGCAGCCGUCUUGAAGGCCGAGAAAGCCAUGGCUGGUGGAGCAGGCAUGGAACCCCUGAAGGAGAUGCAUUGGCGGCUGAAUUCCGUCAACAGGCUGAUCCACUUGAUCCGGGACAUGGCCGAGGUCGCUUCAACAACAGCCGAACGCCGGGCCUACAACAACCAAGUGGUUGAGCUUCUGACCUUCGUCAGCACGCAUCUUGCCGACACAGUUAUCGUGGAAAAUACACAUCAGAUGGCCAAAGACGCGCUCAGGGACGCACGCCACUUUCAAAAAUCUCGGACAGGGAAGCAAGUUGCUUGCAUACGCUGCAGUGCAAUACCGAGCCGUGGUGUGCCCUGCUUGAAGGUGUCAGAUGAUCAGAAAGCCACUGCUUCUGCGGGCAAGUCCUCGAGCUUUGACAAGCUCACGCACCCCAACACCCAUGCUCUCAAAAAGGAGUUCCAGAGGCUCAUGGAAACUAAAACGAAGCAGCAUACGUGGCCGAGCACGACCCAGCAGAUGGAGUGGCAGCAAGUUGUGGCUACAGAGUGGUUCCUCUGCUACAUGCAAGAUGAGGACAAGUUUGCAGCUGGCCCCAACUCUGCUUGGCUGUCUGUCUUGGCUGGGGCAGCAGGCGAGGUGGUAGCAUGCCAGCGUGCAGGAGAGAUCAUGUUGAUCUUGGCUGUUGGAUCUUAUGGCUUCGCUGCUUGGGACCUGGAGCUGGCGGCAGGAGUCCGCACGGCUGCUGGGAUGUCGGCUUUCCGGCCCUACAGGCACAAUGCCAUCCGAUUCCACCACAUCACGGAGCUGGAGGACUGGGUUUCCGUUCCUGUCAAGCCUGGCCUGUCUGGCCCGCACGGCCCGCUGCACCUGGAACAGACCUCUGAGGCCAUGUCGCUGCCCUUGGCUAGAAUCCAUGCCGGACUCAAUCUGACAUGCAAGCAGUGCCAGGACCUGUUGGCAUUGUUCAAAGUCAACUUUCGCAAAAACCAGUCACGAGCCAGCUUGCACGGCCUAAUCCUCGAUCUUUUCUUGGAAACCGAGCACGAGAAAGAAGAGGCCAGGAGGAAGAUGGCUGCCUGCUUGCUUCCACAAGAAGAAGAACACGCUGAGGACAGUGACAUGGAGGAGUUGUUGGAACAGCUCGAGGAUCUCGAGAAUCAGGGCGAUCCAGAGAUCCAGAAAGAGAAGGAGAAGAUCAAACAAAGGAGAACUGGACGGAUCGCUGUCCCCAGAGCUGCUGGUCCCGACGAGGGAGAACAAGUUCCGAAACGGAAGGCUAAGGCCAAGGCUCCGCCAAAGCAACGGAAGAAAGGCUUGCUCGAGCCGAAGAUGAAGGCUCAUCUAGGGCACGGGUUUACAGGCUGA